AUGAACCCAUCGCGCGCCCACCCUAGGUCGUCCCCACUCGACGCCCGUCGUCGACGUCCGCGCUCGAUGCCCCCCUCGAGCGCGCGCGGGCCCACGUCGGGGGUCGACCCGCGCGCGGUGCCGGCGCUGGUGAUGCGAAGCGUGGAGAACGCGCGCGUGGCGAUAGACGAUGGGAAGCUGGAUACGGCGAUAAAGGCGAUGAAGAGCACGGACGCGCUGUGCUCGAGGGUGGUGGCGCCGCCGACGGUGCACGGGUUGUGCCUGCGCGUGUUGGCGGACGCGUACGUGAGUAAAAAGGCCGCCGAGGGGGCGGGAGGGCUCGCGGGCGGGGCGAUGACGGAGGGCGACGGCUCGGGAGGCGGUGAGGCGCAAUCGAGCGGUGAGGGCGACGAUGGGGUGAAUGAAGAUUACGCGGAAUUGGCGAAAGAGGCGUUGAAGAGGGGUAUCGAUAUGUGCAAGGUGCACGAAGGCAAGGCGGGCAUGAACGCGUACAUGAGGCACGAUUUGUUGGGACGCUUAGGAGAUCUCUACGCCGCGCUCGGGGAAAUUUAUAGGGAAGAGGGGAACCAUAAAGAAGCGAUCAGGGCGCUUCGACAUGGUUUAGCACGGUUCGAGAAGAACAAUCAGAACGAUUUCACCGCGGCUACGUACAAUCGCGUCGCGUACUGUUACAUGGAGCAAAGCGUGUGGGACGCCGCCUUGGACACGCUCCAGAGCGCCGAGCGCGCGGCCACCGGCAACGACGCGGAGUCCAUCUUGCUCAGUACCACGCACGCCUACCGCGCGCAGUGCUAUCGCGCGUUAGAUCAGAUUCAGCCCGCGCGCGAAGCCUUUGAGAAGGCGCUCACGUUUGCCAUGGCGUGCGGCAACGAGCCCGUCGUUCGCGAGGCGGAGGAAUUCUUAGCCGAGACCCAGGCGCACAGCGCCGUGGACGAUUCCGCCUUCCUCUGA